AUGGGCGGUGCUGCUACGCAUCCACCACUCAGACCACACUCCAACAAAAACUCCUCUUCCCACCACCACCUCCACGACGGCGACCACCCAGCCGGCGUCCAGUCCGAUCCUUUUCCAGUAGGCGCCUUAGUUGAAGUUCGAACGCACGAGCCAGACUUCAAGGACACAUACUUCUCCGCCACCGUCUUAUCUUUAGGCGACAAAAGCUCGGGGGAAAUCCAAGUGGAGUACCGAACUUUGCUUGUUCCAAGAGGCGGAUCGAAGCUUCUGAGGGAGUACGUCGACGUCUCGUGCGUGAGGCCGUCGCCUCCGUUGGAGGAGGCUGUCGGGGGUUUUGGGCCGGGCGACGCCGUCGACGCGCUGUACAAAGACGGCUGGUGGAUCGGUGUCGUGACGCGAGUAGUGGAGGAAGAUACGGAGAGUAGGUACACCGUGACGUUUCAGAACCCGCCGGACGUGCGCGAGUUUAGCUUGUCUGAACUUAGGGUUCACUGGGAUUGGGUUAACGGGUGCUGGGUCAGACCCGACAGGCAGAGUAUAGCAGGGUGGAUGUUUGACAUGGAAAAAGAGGUAGAAGUGUCAAUUAACCGAGAAGAUGGCCAGGAGGCUUGGUUCCCAGCAACAAUUCACGAACAUUUGGUUGAUGGAACGUAUCUGGUAAAGUAUCAUGACGAAACUAAAGAGUCCGAGGCUCAGACUACCCAAUUAAUAUUCGAUUCCCUCCAUAUUAGGCCGCAGCCUCCACUUCUCAAGGAUACAAUUUUUGUUUUAUUGGGAAAAGUUGAUGCAUACUUUGAUUGUGGCUGGUGGAGUGGACUUAUUCGGGAAAAGCUUGAGGAUAGUAGAUAUCUUGUUACCUUUAAACAGUUGAAUAUGCAAAAGGAGUUCCAUAUGUCAGAAUUAAGACCUCAUAUUGACUGGAAGGAUGGGAAAUGGUUCAUUUCUCCACAGAACGCUAUUCGUAAAAAAAGUUCCUCUUCGCUGACCUGUCAAGACAGCCAAGUGGAGCAAUUAACACCUAAUUUGAAGAAAACGCCUAAUGUGACACCUCGGACAAAAAGAACAAGACGUUCAUAUGAUUCCCAAAAUGCCUUCUCUCAGUGCCAGAAGAAGCUCAAAGAAGGACCUGUACUUGUAGAGAAACAACAGGAGAAACAUGAUAUGACUAAAGAAAUGUUGAGCGGUUCUGUUAGUCCAGUUUCAGCAAAUAAUGUGGAAAUUUCUGGUAAACAAAGUGCAACAGAGGAUCUCUCAUCUGAUAAUGCUUCCUGGGGGAAGAGAACUAAGCCAGAUGCCGUGGAUAACACUGCGGAAGAUGAUCAAAAUGUGCAGGUUGUUAUCGGUUUGCCAUGCGGGGAAAUGGUGAUCUCUGGACCGGUAAAGUCGAGGGAUAAACGGAAACACAGUGCCAAAAGCAAGGAAAAUAUGACGAACAAAGAGAAACAAAACUUACAUGAUGCCACUACACAGGAAAUUGAGAGAAUGAGCCUUGAGAUUUCAGUAUUCUGCUUUCCAUGCUUUCUGGUUUCUGCACAUGUGACAAGCUGUCGGAUGCUUCUGUUCUUUUCUGGCAUUGUAGAUUCUGCUAAUGUAUCUGGAGGGAAAUCAGCCGAAGUUAACCCAACACCAGGCGCAAAUAAUGAUUCUGAAGCACCCAGCAUUGAGCUUGACGAUCAACCACUUUCAAAGUGGAUUGGAGGAAAGAGGAUACAAUCUCCAUCUACAGUUGAUGGAUCAAGGCUAUCUCCCGUGACUGCUGCUGUUAAGCAAUUCACAGAAAGCAAUGAAAAACAGGUGGAAGAUGAUGCAGCAGUGCUGAAGGAGGCCACCGGAAAUCCACAAGAAACCCAAAUCCAAAUUUCAACCGAGCACCAAAACCUACCAUUCGCAAAGACCAGUUUGCUCUGGAAACCAAUCUGGUCACUGAACGCCUUCUGUAUGCUACCUCAAAAACCCCAUUUCCAGCCUCUCGAAAGAAUCAAGGAGAGUAUGCGUGAAGGCAUUGCCAUAGGCCUCAUGGUCAACUUCUCCAGUGCUGUCGAGACAACCUGCAAGCUGCAGUUUGACGACCCCAAGAGCACCAUGGAUGAUAUCCUUGAGACACUCGCUGAGCUGGAGUCGCAUGGGUUUGACAUUGAGCCUGUGCGGGCCUGCUUGGUGGGCCUUCUUGCUGUCAAGGAUAAAGAGGUGGAGCUCAUGGGGCGGGCUAAGGAGCUCGACUGUGCGAUCUCGGGCCACCAGCUGGAGAAAGGCGAGUUGGAGAAGGAGAUUGAGGAGCUGAACGAGCAGGCGAGGAAGCUGCAUGAGAAGCUCUCGAUGCUUGAGUCGGCUAAAGAAGGGAAAGAGAACGAGAUUGCGUCCGCUGGGGCCCGUUUGAGGGAGGCUGAGCAGAGUCUUGAGAAUCUGAAGCUUGAAUUUGAAGGGACGUUGGAUCGAAUGCACACUGGUGCGGUUGUGUGCCGAUUCGUCCAAUGCCUGGGAACUCAUCUUGGCAGUGACUAA